AGAAAGGCGGUGAGUGCGAAUUGCCAUGCGAUAAUGAAAGAAAGACAAGAGCGCUGAACAUAAAGUGAAGAAAAAGAUAUAGUGCCACGAAGAGAUUCAGACGAUGGAGUUGUGGCGCCAGUGUGCAGCAUGGUUGAUCGAGUGCCGGGUCCUGCCUGAAAACCACAGGGUCACAUGGGAAGACACGCAGGUGCGUGAGCUGGCGCAUGCUCUGAGAGACGGAGUGCUGCUAUGCCAGCUGCUGAAUAACCUGCUCCCACAAGCUGUUAAUCUGAGAGAGAUAAACCUGCGCCCUCAAAUGUCCCAGUUCCUGUGUCUGAAGAAUAUCCGUACAUUUCUCAGCACUUGUCAGGAAAAGUUUCACCUGAACAAGAGUGACCUAUUUCAGGCCUUCGAUCUCUUUGACGUUCGAGACUUCGCCAAGGUAAUAGACACAUUGUCAAUCCUGUCCCAUUGUUCUAUUGCUACACAAAGAGGAUUCCAGCCAUUUCCAUUGGAAGGAUGCACUCCUGAUGAUGAAAUCUACACCAGCCUGUCUGACCAGAUAGAUGACACAGUGGAUGAUGACCUAUAUGACUUUGUGGAUGAGGAGAAUGAGGGAGAUGAUAUAUAUGAAGAUUUGAUGAGGACAGAGGAACAACAUGAAAAUCAGCAGCAAAGGACUGUGGUAGACAUGAGAGAGUGCUGCCUGCAGGAGAUCAGACAGACAGAGGAGAAAUAUUCUGAUACACUGGAUUCUAUAUUACAGCACUUUAUGAAGCCACUUGAAAGAUUCCUUCAGCCUCAGGACAUUGAGUGCAUCUUCAUGAAUAUAAUGGAUUUGGCUGAGACUCAUCGUAGUUUCUUGGAGCAGAUUCGAAGCUCGAUCUUGAACUAUGGAGCCGAGAAUCUCUACCAGGUUUUCAUUAAUUAUAAAGAGAGGCUGUUAUUGUAUGGUAGUUACUGUAGCCAAGUGGAAAAUGCAACUAAACACAUAGACAAGCUCUCUGCCAUGAGAGAGGAUAUCAAGAUGAAGCUGGAGGAGUGUUCAAAGAGAGCGAACAGUGGACGGUUUUCUCUCAGAGAUCUACUUAUGGUCCCCAUGCAGAGGGUGCUGAAGUAUCAUCUACUGUUGCAGGAGCUGACGAAGCAUAGCACUGACCAUACAGAGAAAAACAACCUUCGCACUGCCCUUGAUGCCAUGAGAGACUUGGCCCAGUGUGUGAACGAGGUGAAACGAGACAAUGAGAUCAUCAAACAGAUCACCAGCUUCCAGCUGUCCAUAGAGAAUAUGACACAGUCCCUAGCACUGUAUGGUCGUCCUAAGGUUGAUGGGGAGCUGAAGAUCUGCAGCUCAGACAAAAAGUCUAAACAAGACAGGUAUGCUUUCCUCUUCGAUAAGGCAAUGGUAGUGUGUAAGAAGAAGAGUGGAGAGACAUUUGAACUAAAGGAGAUCAUUGAACUACAGUACUACCAGUUACGGGAUGAAACCUCAGGAGAAAAGGAGAAAAAGUGGUCCCAUAUGUUCCUCCUGCUCAGCCCAUUUGGACGAUGUGGGUAUGACUUGAUCUUUAAAACGAGAGAACUGAAGAAGAAAUGGCAGGAGCAGUUUGAGAUGGCUAUGUCAAACAUGUGUCCAGACAAUGCCACAGCCAACAACCAUGACUUUCAGAUGCACUGCUUUGAGGGUACCACAUCCUGCAAAGCCUGCUAUAUGCUGCUCAGAGGGAUAUUUUUCCAGGGCUAUCGUUGCACCCGAUGUAAAAUGGCGGGACAUAAAGAAUGUUUAGGCAGAAUACCUUUCUGUGGACAAAACUCAGAUCAUGCUGGCAAUAUAAGGAAGAAUAAGACACGGAGGUCCUCCCCACACGGACAUUACAAUAUAGGUCUCCCUAAGAUGGAAGUGUGCCAGGAUUAUCAUAAUAUACCCCCACCCCCUGUAGGCUUUGGCCAACCUCUCUAUCUCUGCAAGGGUGACAUAGUUGAACUGAUCCAGGCUGGGGCUGACCUACCAUGGUGGGAGGGCAGGAAUUUGACCAGUGGUCAGAUUGGCCGGUUCCCCUCCAGUAAAGUUCAGCCCUUUGUGUGUGCACCGACCCCUGACCUGUCUGGUUUCCACUGGUUUGCUGGAAACAUGGACCGUUCAGCCGCCAAGAACAUGCUAAUGUCCCGGUCUGAUGGGACAUUUUUGGUCCGACAGAAAGAAGGGGGAGAAUUUGCAAUCAGCAUCAAGUUUAACAUGGACAUACGGCACAUAAAGAUCACCUCUACUGAGGGUCUUUUCCGCAUCAAUGAGAAGAAGGCAUUCAAGGGUUUAAUUGAUAUGGUUCAAUAUUACCAGCAGAACUCAUUGAAAGAGUACUUCAAGGAUGUUGAUACCACACUGCAGACUCCUUACAAACAACCAGAGCAGAGCAAAACAUUAACUACCACACACUCUCCAGGAGGCACCAUGCAAGCUUUUGGCGUAGCAAGAGCCAGGUAUGACUUCUCCGCCAGGGACCGGACGGAGCUGUCCCUGCAUGAAGGAGAUACCAUCAAGAUCAUCUCCAAGAAGGGUCACAACGGCUGGUGGAAAGGAGAGGUUUAUGGCCGAGUGGGGUUAUUUCCAGCCAACUAUGUGGAUGAGGACUACUCCGACUACUGCUGACCCAGCCCUCAAAGAGGCAUGUGUGGGUAAACCUCCAGUCUGUACCCUGGUACGUGGGUCCGGUCUGCUCAGCAGCUCACCUUCAAACAUUUGAUUAUACCAAUGAGCAGUGGGCAGCCGCCGUGCAGCAUCCGGGGACCAACUCCAGUUCUUCUUUCCAUUGCCUCGGUCAGGGGCGUAGGCAGGAGUAUUAACCGUAACAUACAUGUCUUUUUGAUGGUGGGAGGAAACCGGAGCACCCGGAAGAAACCCAUGCAGACACGUGGAGAACAUGCAAACUUCACACAGAAAGGACCUUGGACGGCCUGGGGUUCAAACCCAGCACCUUGCUGUGAGGCAACAACGCUAACCACUGGGCUUCCGUGUUGAGUUAAGAUUUGUUGUUAAAAUGAAACAGCACAGUUCCUGUUUUUAUACACUUUUACAAUUGGCAGUAGUUGUCUCAACAUGAUUCUUGGAAAUGGAAAUUUUUGGAAAUCCCCUAAGAUUUCAUGAUUCAACAUGAUUUUUCACAACACAGCAUAUGAAGGGCAGAAGUAAUAAGUAGAUGAAAACAUGCACAAUAAACUAAAAUGUGUUGGUGAAUACAGUGAUUUUGAUGAAGUACUGUUUUUGACUCGCGUUCAGUUUUAUCACCUCUACAUUUACCGGGAUACCCUUGGAACAAUAAAAUGCAAAUUAGAAGUUGAAAUUUUUUCAACUCUUGAAAUUAUACAUGGAUGAAAUGUCUGUAUAUAACAUAACUACCCUGCUUUAGCGCGCCACUUCAAAACUGUAAGCGAGGAUGCAUCUCGCAAUGACACCGAGAGGAAGAAAUUCCUGGCGCUAUACAAACACCUCAAAAACUCUGGGUUUUUACUUAAUCUGGCUUGCAUGAAAAACAUACUCUGUGAGC